AUGGAUGUUGGCGAACUUCUUGAUUAUAAGCCUCCCCAAGCUUUAAAAAGGCCUUUGGAAGGCGAAGAGGAGAUAGAUGAGGUGGAGAAAACUCGAAAAAUGAGGCGAAUAGCCAGAGCCAAAGCCAAUAAAAUGGCUAGAUCUGCAUCUACACCUUCAGCGCAACCCUUGGAUUACAUAAGUGAGGAGGAACGAGCCGAAAUUCUGAAAUUUGUGGAAACCGAACAGACACAAGGAGAGGUUAUUGACGAGACUGCUUUGAAAAAAAUCAUUCUAAAUUUUGAAAAACGGAGCUUGAAGAACAGGGAAAUGCGCAUUAAAUUCCCCGAUUCGCCUGAAAAAUUUAUGGACAGUGAAGUAGAAUUACACGAAAUUUUACAAGAAAUGAGAGUAUUGGCAACAGCUCCCGAUUAUUAUCCCUUAUUAGUGAAACUACAAGUUAUUCCCAGUUUAUUGGAAUUACUAUCUCACGAUAAUACUGACGUAGCUGUUGCUACAGUUGAAUUACUACAAGAAUUAACAGAUGUAGACAUACUUAAUGAAUCAGAAGAAGGAACAGAAGCGCUAAUAGAGUCCCUCUUAGAACACCAAGUUAUUGCUUUGCUCGUUCAAAAUUUAGAUAGGCUCGAUGAAAGCGUAAAAGAAGAAGCAGAUGGAGUCCACAACACUUUAUCGAUCAUAGAAAAUUUAACGGAGUUGAGUAGCGAAAUAGUGAAUGAGGCUAACAAGCAAGGUUUACUGGCAUGGCUACUUAAAAGACUGAAAUUGAAGGCUCCCUUUGAUGCCAAUAAGCUUUACGUUAGCGAAAUCCUGUCCAUACUCCUUCAAGAUAACGAGAAAAACAGAUUAACGUUAGGAGAAAUGGACGGUAUCGAUACUUUACUCCAACAAUUGGCUUUUUACAAAAGACACGACCCGAAUAGCGUCGAAGAACACGAAUACAUGGAAAACCUCUUCAACUGCUUGUGCAGUUCGUUAAUGAUUGUACCGAACAGAGAUAGAUUUUUGAAAGGAGAAGGUCUUCAAUUAAUGAACCUCAUGCUGCGAGAAAAGAAAACGUCCCGAAACGGUUCUUUGAAAGUCCUGGACUACGCCAUGUCCGGUCCCCACGGUAAAGACAACUGCAAUAAAUUCGUCGAUAUACUCGGACUGCGUACGAUCUUCCCACUGUUCAUGAAAACGCCGAAGAAGAACAGAAGGAAGGUGCUCUCGACAGAAGAACACGAAGAACACGUGUGCUCUAUAAUAGCCUCCAUGUUGAGAAACUGCCGUGGAUCCCAGCGACAGAGAUUAAUAAGUAAAUUCACCGAAAAUGACAACGAAAAGGUAGACAGACUGUUAGAGCUGCAUUUUAAGUAUCUGGAGAAAGUUGCCGCGCUGGAAAGCGUACAAGACGGUCAAGAGGAGGAGGAGGAUUCUUCGUAUUUAAGGAGACUCGAAGGUGGUUUAUUUACGUUGCAAUUAGUGGAUUAUAUCAUCGUGGAAGUUUGCGCCGCUGGGCCAGCGGCUGUAAAACAGCGAGUUAUGCAUAUGUUAAACCUACGAGGGGCUUCUCUGAAAACUAUCAAGCACAUUAUGAGGGAAUACGCCGGGAACUUGGGCGAAGAAGGCGAUAAAGAGUGGAGGGACCAAGAACAGCAGCACAUUUUGAAUUUAGUUGAUAAAUUUUAA